GCUCCAUCUAUCUAUUACGCAACACACCUUUCUUCUAACCUAGAAAUUAAAUUAACGCAAAAUUAAACAUCAAUUUUUAACAAUAUGUUCAGGUUCGCUAUUAAGUGUGGAUUAGCGGGGGCAGCUGUAUAUUACGUUUCCGAUCAAGGUGUGUGGAAAGAAAGCAAGGAAACCACCAAGUUGUACAACAAAAUCAACGAUUUCUUAUGCCCCUACAUGAAACAAGCCCAAGCUCAACUUCCUAUUGAAAUUCCUGAGCUUCCAAGUACUGGAAGAAUAUCGUACUUAAUGAAACAAUAUUGGAACCAUGGUGUCACAGCUACUUUUAUUUAUAUAGGAGAUUUACCCCAAAACGUUACCAAAUUAACGAAAUCGGGUAUUGAUGCUAUUAAGGGUAACGAAGAGAUGAAAAAACUUAUGGAUGGGUUUAGUGGAACUCCUGAAAUAGAAAAAAAAUAAUUAUGUUAAUAUAGAUUUGUUUGUGAAUAAUAAAUGAAGUAAAUAAAUCAAGUUAAAGAAAAAAUUAGGUUAAGUUUCAA